AUGUGUUUCGAAGAUCGUCGCUACGACAAGCUUUUCUUCGCGCGUGGUCAACGCACACAAUGCACUACAGAAGAGCUCUGGCCACACCGAUUUCCGGGUUUGUCUUUUCCAGAUUGGUGGCUUCACUAUGUCGGCGUAGAUAGGCUAAAGGUCUGCCGGUGCAGUCAUCCUGCACGACAUCGAGAGAAAACCUUCCGCCUUAUCAAAGAAUGGCCAGAACUGGAAGCAAGCUUGAAUUUUUACAUGGACCGCAUGAACUACAAGACAUGUACUGUAGCUGAGUAUAUCAAUUAUCAGCUGAAACGCGAAAAGAUAUGGGAAAGCGCCGGAAUAUAUGUCCGCUGUUUCCACUGGGCCGAUGUUGCACGUAUAUUCGUGUGUCGUUGUACUGGAAGCCAUGGUUGCACGUACAGGACUCCCAAUGACCCAGUACAAUUGGAGCAAUGCGCAGAAUAUUUCCUUCUUCACCGAGAUGAAAUAACAGUGUCGCAAGAGAAGUGGGAGGGUUAUAAUAAAGAUUUGCCACCCCCUUACGCACUUAAAGCACAAUCCGAAUCGAGAUAUUCUCAUAAGCAAUACCAACGUCUGAAUCAAAAUGGACGUACUAGCAAGGUAUCUCAGAGGGUUCCGAAGCCGGAAAUGGGAAUGCGCGGCAGUGCGAAGCUACUGACACCUCGCUUCGUAGGACCGUGCAAAGAUGGUGCAGCAAUGCAGCAAGAGUCAGAGAUGCCUCCACAAGUUUGGCAGCAUGCCCGCCCCUCUUUGUGGAAAAAUCCUAAUGGUAUCUCUUCAUCAGUAAGCACGCCCUUGGGUACGGCGUUUUUCGCUUCAUCGGAGGAACCUCGUGUACCGGCAACUGCUCCACUGGAAAACCGACCCGCUCCUUGGAAUAGCUCUAAUUCUGGCUAUUUGUCUACAACUCAAAAUCAAGGAAAACGAGAUGCAAGCGCUAGGGGCAUACAUAGCCGUUCUAAAAGCCAUGAGCCAGAUCAUACCCGGGCGGGUAGUGCUUUUGACAUGCGCUCAAUGCAUAGUGGAAUAGGAACUAUCCCAAUUAGUAAGUUAUCUCCAAGCAGUUCUCGAAGCUCUUUGAAGUCUAAGCCAACUAUGGGUAUCCCGGAUGCGCAUGAGCAACAGAAUGCCGCAGAUGGUUAUACCCCUACUACUGAUAUAUAUUUUCGCAUCGCGGACGAGGACGAAACUGACAUCGUCUCAGUGUAUAGGAAGUCCAGCCCAUCCUCCACCACCAGCUCUCAAAAUUUGCCAUUCUUUUACGAAAACUACUUGAACGACAAUAGCCACAAAGAAGCAGUCCAGAAAGACAUUACAGAACUAUCACCAGAAGCCUACUACACUAGCGAUAAGUACGCGAUUCCAGCUGGUCAGGAUAACCAAAACAAAGGAUCCAAUGUUCAUAUUAGCGAGCUUCCCGCCGAGACUUCCGCAGCGGAGUUGCCGACAGUUGCGCCACGCCAACGACACACACCGACGCUGCAUGCCCUCGAGGGCCGCGACUGGAACCCUGUUCCCGAGAUGGAGGCAAAGACGACC